CACGAACCAGGAACGUUGACCCUCAUAUGAUCUUUAGACUUUCUCCACAUAAGACUCCCACCAUCUAUUCAAAUCAAACCCGUUCAACAUUUCCGAUCGCCAAAAACCCUAAUCCCACAUCUUGUUACCCGCAAAAUGCAUGAUUUUUGCUUUACGAUCCCCUACGGGAUGAUAGUCUUCUGUGGCGGGAUUAUAGGCUUUGCAAGAAAAGGAAGCACCACGUCCUUGGCUGGUGGCGCCGCUACUGGUUUAUUGCUCUUCCUUGCUUCCUAUCUCAGUCUCAAUGCCUUCCACAAGCGAAAGAACUCAUGGUUCGGCUUCAUUCUCGAAACUGUAUGUGCUGCUGUUCUCACAUGGGUUAUGGGACAACGAUACACCGAAACUGCCAAGAUAAUGCCUGCUGGUGUUGUUGCUGGUAUCAGUGGUGCGAUGACAGCAUUUUAUCUGUACAAGAUUGCCACAGGAGGUAACCAUUUUUCCACCAAGACUGAAUGAUGAGGGAUUCUCUCUUGACUCUAAAUGUAGUAGCUGUAAACAAACUGCAAAUGUAUUCUGAAUGUUCAUUGUGUAUACCGGAUACGGUGAUGGUGUUUCAUGAAAAAGAAAAUUAUGUUGUGCUUGUACCUUCGCAUUUGCUCUAUUCAAUUAGUUAUGUUAUUCCA